AUGGCCUCCCCCACCACCCAAAAAACCGGCUUGGUCCUGCCCCUCCUCUACCGCUUCUUCUUCCUCGUCCUCGAGCCCAUCUCUGCCCUGGUCGGCGCCUACUUUUGCCAGGCGCGCCAGGCGCGCUACCUGACUCUGCUCGACGCACCCUCCGCCGCCGCCACGACCUUUACCACCGGCGCCGUACCCCUCGGCACGUCGGUGGCCCUAUCCCAGCUCGCCAGCAUGUACCUCUUCUUCGCCCUCAACGAGGCCGUAGUGCUGCGCAGCACCGGCGACCUACGUGUCUGGAAGGCCGUGCUGGCGGUGCUGCUGCUGGCCGACUUUGCCCACCUCUACUCGCUGCGGGAGCUGGGACCGCGCAUCUACGUCGACGUGCUGGGGUGGAACGCCGGUGGCUGGGGUAACGUGCCCUGGGUGUAUGCCGGCGCGACGCUGCGCAUCUGUUUCCUGGCGGGCGUGGGCAUGAGUAGGAAGGUACCCGUGAAGCAACAAUGA